CAUAUUAUGACAUAUGGCUCUGGAUGAGCCCAUCACAGGCUCACCUGACCAAACAGGGGUGUGGCAACACAGGAGCACUAUAAAUGAAGGCAUGCCAGGAAUUUAGUUCAUAGCAUAGGCAAACCUUAUCCAUUGACUGCUGCUGCUCUCACAAAUCAGACCUACCCGGCUGGCUCACCAUGUGCAUCUCCCACACGAUUCUCCCACUCGUCACCUGCACGCUGCUGCUCCUCGCCUCCACCUCAGGGGAAGGCCAGCUUCACAAGGCCCACGAAAACACACCUGAUAUGGAGAGCAUGGACAGCCAGGCAGUUCUGCUUCUGGAGGCUGUGAAGACAGGGAUCCUCAGCUCUUUGGGUAUGGACGUGGAGCCCAGACUGACCCAAAAGGCCUCGAAAAAGGAGCUUAGGGAGAUGUAUCAGCUCUACAGGAGAAAAAUAAGGGAGAUAAGAGGAAAUUCCAGCCAGCCAAUGGGGGAAAACUCGCAAUCCACCAUGUCCACUGUGCUCUUUCCAGUUUCACCAGUUAUAGCGCUUCGGAGGGGUUCACGGUCAGGUCCAAGCAUGCGGUGGUACAGAGCUGUUUUCCAAAAGAAUACGAAUAUUCAGAAUGACUUGACUGUAGCUCGAGCAGAGCUGAAGAUUUCCAGACAGGUUCUGGGUAAACUCACUUCAGUGAGGCCUGAAGCAAGGGAGGAGAUUAAAAUUAAAGUCAAUGGGGGAAAGCCAGCAGUGUGGCCGGCUGCCUGGACUGACUCUGUAGCCCAAACUAAUAUCUCAAACAUUCAAGAUGCGUACCUGGACAUCAUCCCAGAGGUAGAGAAGUGGUUCAAGACUAAUGGGAAGCCACUGGUUGUGGAUGUAGGGGUGGCUAACAGAGGGGCCCUCAAGCCGAUCUUUUCUCUGGAAUUAGACCUCACACAAGCCAACCCCGCGCAGAGGACGAGGCAGCGUCGCUCCAACAAGGAAGAUGACUGUGCUGAACCAGGAUGGUGCUGCCGGAAGUCAGUCACCGUGUCCUUCCAAGACAUCGGCUGGACAGACUGGGUUGUAGCCCCAGUCGAAUACACCAUGCAUUUUUGCGACGGCACCUGCCCCCACAACUACAAGCCGGCAAGCAUGCACACUCAGGUCAAGUCUCGGCUGCACCAGAUCACCAAAGGAGGGACACCUCAUCCCUGUUGCGUGCCGGCAGCCUACGAGCCCAUGGUCCUCAUGCACUACGACAGCAGGGGAAAAUUGACCCUGACUACUUUCACUGACUUUAUUGUCAGUAAAUGUUACUGUGCCUGAGGAGAAAAUGCAACCAACCACUUCUUCAAAAUUUAAAGAAGUGUAUUUUCUGGAGUGUGUUGUCUUUUUUUUUUAAGCGUUACAUACACAAAAACACAAAAAACAAAGGUUUUCAAUGAGUAUUAACGAAGCAAUUACAUUUAAAAUCAGAGUUAUGCAUUAGUUUAAAAAGCAAAAAUACCUGUGCUUGUAAACAUUUUCUAUUAGUUAUUUAUUUAAGUCUAUUUAUGGUACUGUUUGUGUUGCCUUGUUUUUGAUUUGUUACAUCAUUAUUUAGUACUAUUUAAUAUUUAAUUGCACUGGAUUGUCUGAUUCUGUGAGUUUCUUUUUUUUGUAUUUUGGUUGAUGUCUUAUACAUUUCCGUUCAUAUGGAAAUACCAAAUGCUGAACUGCUGCACUUAAAGUUGUGAUAAUAAAAUAUGUUUUCUUACAAUAUUUCCUUGUCUACGAGCCUUUAAACACACACUGUAACAUCUUGCCUCCACUGUAAAAGAGUGCAGCUACUUAACCAGCCUGUCUGAAGUCCAGAUCUCUCAUAUAGCGAAGGCAGUUGGCAAGUUAUGAAAUGAAAAAAAGAAGAAGGUGAAAUCCUAGGAGAAAACACUUGGCAUUUGGAAAGUAAGGCAGCUGGGUGUCUCAGUUCGCAGCCACCUGUUUAAAGCAGAACUGAUGCAACACGGGGGCAAACAUGCCCCUGCUACAAAAUGUCAAACUGAUAAUGUAGUAUGCAAGUCGUACAAAUAACAAAGUAUAAUACAAAAAAAAAAAAUACCAACAAAAGCUUUCUAAAUCAGCCUUGGCUCGGAUAGCUCACGGGUAAAAUUCAAAGGGUUUUGUCAGUGGAGCUAGUCACUAGUAAUCCCUCCUUAGGCUCACAAGGUCCAGCCACGAUGAUGUCACUCUGUUAGC